UCAAGAAAGAUCAGGCAUUUUUGCAGGGUCGCGCGCGACGCCGGGUUCUGGCUCGCGUGGAACGAUGCGUGCUGCAUCGACAAGUCAAGCAGCGCCGAGCUCUCCGAGGCGAUCAACUCGAUGUACGAGUUGUAUAGACUCUCGGACAUGUGCUAUGUCUAUCUCGCAGAUGUCAUUGACCACCCCGGUGGACCUCAAGGGUUCCGGAGGAGCAAAUGGCACCGUCGCGGCUGGACGCUUCAGGAGCUCAUCGCUCCGGAGCGUAUUGUCUUUCUCACGAAGACCUGGAGCGUUCUAGGCACGAAGAUGAGCCUUGCGAAGUCUCUGGUGGAGAUCACUGGAGUCGACUUUGACAUCCUCGUAGGAGGAGCUCCGCUGGAUUCGGUCAGCGUCGCGCGGAGGAUGUCAUGGGCUGCUGAUCGAGACACGACGCGCGUCGAAGACCGUGCAUACUCCCUUCUUGGCAUCUUUGGCCUCCACAUGUCCCCCAUCUACGGCGAGGGCGAGAACGCAUUCCUCCGUCUCCAGGAGGAAAUCAUUAGGACUAUACCCGAUCAAAGCAUCUUCGCCUGG